GACACACCAUGAAUCCUAUACGUUAUUUUGCAAGAAAUAUAAAAGACUAUUUGAGCAAUUCCAACAUUCAUGGAUUAAAAUACAUUGUACACAGGAAAAUUCACUGGUCUGAACGUUUAAUUUGGCUGACUUUGUGCAUUCUGAGCUGGUACGCUUGCAUCGUGACAAUAAUCAGUAUACAUCAAAAUUUUGUCGAAAAGCCUGUAGCAAUAACCGUCGACACGUCUUACCUCGAUUGGCGCUCGCCCUUUCCGGCUGUUGCUAUUUGCAGUAAUUUCAACCAACAAGCAAAGGAUUAUGCUGCAGCAAUUUUCAAGAAAUAUAGUAAUGGAACGUUGAGUGCUCGUUCUUACGCGGAACAACUGUUCUUGCCGUCGAGGAUGGGAUACUUGAAACGUCUCGAGCGUCUGGGAAUAUCAUCCGAAGAAUAUGUAGAGAUAUACAAACAGGCCGAACCGGAUUGUCCAGAAACUUUUGCAAAAUGUGAAUGGAACAACAACCCCUUCGACUGUUGCAACGAGUUUGUAACUCUACACACUGGAUUUGGCUAUUGCCAGAUGCUCAAUUCCAAACACGCAAAGUCAGUCAAGUCUACGAUAGAUUUCAGCGUCGAUCGAAUGCACAAAUAUGCCAAACUGUCUCUUGACUUCACGGACGAGUAUAUCAAAAGCAAUAGCGAUGUCCAGAUAUUCAUUUUGAAUCAAGUGGAAAUUCCAUCGCUUUUAACGAGUAGUAACAAAAUAUUAAAGAAUAUCGAUAAAAUCAUCGGCGUUGAUUUUAAUUUGCUGGAAGUGGUCAACGAGGAUGGGGUAAAGAAUACCCCGUACGACAAACGAGAAUGCCGAUUUCCCGAAGAGAACAAUGACGUGCUUAUAUACGAAUUGUAUAGCUACGACGGAUGCAUCACUGAUGUAGAAGUGCGAAAAAUGCUGAAAAUCUGUGGCUGCAUAAGUUACUCUUAUCCUUAUAAACCUGGAAUUCAGGUAUGCAACAUGACUGGGAUGGGCUGUAUAAGUGAAUUAAGACGUUACCAGACGUCGCUUAACAAUGAAGCAUCUGACUGUUCACCUGAUUGCGAAGCUACUUCCAUCAAUUGGUACAUGUAUGACUAUCCUUUGGAAGCUGUUACAGAAGGAACAGCAAAGGCGGGACUGCGAAUGAAAAUGCUGUCAACGCCACAUAUGCGCUACCAGCGAUAUGUUGCCCGUAGCUUACUUGAUUUACUAAUCGCUUGCAGCAGUUCAAUUGGCUUAUUCACUGGUGCCGGUCUUCUAAGUAUUGUCGAGCUUUUUAUUCAUACCCUAUUACCAAGUCGUAAAUCGUAAAAAUUAUUCCGCUGCAAGUCUAAGUUUGUUCGAGUCAAACGCAGUUUUUUAUUUUAUACAUUAUUCAGAUGUAAAGCUUAUCUGAUUGCACCAAUUCUUCUAAAAAUAUGUGCUAUAACUAAAUUUCACAUUUAUUAUUGCCAGAAAUAAG